AUGUUUUCCGGGUUUAUGUCAAAUGUAAUGGCCAAUUCCAACAACUCGUUCCAAUCGUUCAUGUCUCAAACGUUUGCGGAAUUAUUUAGAUGCUAUCCUAUCACAAUGAUGAACGAUAGAAUAAGAAAGGAUGAUUCCAAUUAUGGUGGGAAGAUAUUCUUGCCUCCAAGUGCCCUAAAUAAGCUAUCUUUACUAAACAUCCAAUAUCCAAUGUUAUUCGAAUUAACUGUAAAUGAAACAGGUAAGUCGACCCAUGCGGGUGUCCUUGAAUUCACUGCAGAGGAAGGAAGAGCAUAUUUACCUGAUUGGAUGCUGAAAACUUUAAACGUCCAACCGGGUGCUUUACUAACCAUAAGAUCCACUGAACUACCAAGAGGCACAUUUGUCAAAUUGGAACCACAGUCUGUGGAUUUCUUAGACAUCUCAGAUCCUAAAGCUGUCCUGGAAAAUGCGUUACGUAAUUUUUCUACUCUAACUGUGGACGAUAUCAUAGAAAUAAAUUAUAAUAAUAAACUCUAUAGGAUCAAAAUCCUUGAAGUUAAACCACAAACUGGUUCAAAUAGUGUUUGUGUAGUGGAAACUGAUUUAAUAACGGAUUUCGCUCCUCCUGUUGGGUAUGUGGAGCCAGACUAUAAAUCAACUGCAAAGGGGCAAGGCCCAAACGAUUCACAUAACAAUAAUGUAAAGAAGAAGACAGCAGAUAAAUUCGAUUCAAGUAUCGUCAAGGAAGGGUCUAUGUCUACAAGAAUAAAUUAUUCUAAGAUUGCAACAAGUAACAAUAUAAAAAAUACAAAUAACAAUUUUAUUGGACAUGGAGAAAGUCUGUCUGGUAAGAAACCAAAUAAAAUAAAAAAUAAUACAGAGGAAACGACAUCUCAAUCUUUAAAUAUUAACCUUGAUGGAGAACCUGCACGUUUAGAUUUACCACCAGGCCAACUAUUCUUUGGGUUCCCAAUAGUUUUGCCUAAAUUAGAUACAAAGGAUGGGGAUGACAAGGAAAAUCCAUCAUCAAACACUUUUCAAGGUCAAGGACAAUCAUUAAGAAAAGCAAAUAAAAGAAAGACUAAAAAAGAUCAUUCUUCUUCGAAAGCAAAAACUCCAAGAAGUCCUGAAGUGAUUGAAAUAGAUUAG